UCUUAAGCUGAAGCUAUUGGAGAUCCAUAAAGAUUAAUCUCAACCUCUUCUAUUAGUCUCUCUCAAGAAUAACAUUUUUCUUCCAAGAUGAAAGAGAAAUUCUCGUGCACCAUUCUCCAAAGCGAGGCCCUCACUAAGUACCUUCUGGAAACAAGUGCCUAUCCAAGAGAGCACCAACAACUGAAGGAACUUCGGCAUGCGACCGUGGAUAGAUACAGUCAUUUGAGUGUGAUGAAUGUGCCAGCCGAUGAAGGGCAGCUUCUGUCAAUGAUGUUGAAAUUGAUGAAUGCAAAGAAAACAAUAGAAGUUGGAGUGUUCACUGGCUAUUCCCUUUUGGCUACUGCUCUUGCCCUCCCUGAUAAAGCCAAAGUGAUAGCGAUCGAUCCAGAUAGAGAGGCAUACGAGGUGGGUUUGCCGUUUAUUGAGAAGGCAGGCGUGGCUCACAAGAUCCAAUUCGUUAAUUCCGACGCAGUCACUGCUAUUAACCAAUUACUCCAAAAUGGAGAAGAAGGCACAUUUGAUUUCGCAUUUGUGGACGCGGACAAGGAGAACUACAUCAAUUACCACGAGCUGCUGCUGAAACUGGUGAGGGUGGGAGGAAUGAUCGCCUACGACAACACCCUUUGGUCCGGCACCGUCGCAUUGGCCGACGACGAUCUGAGCCAGGAAUGGAAGGAUCGGAUCGGCGAGAAUCGGAUCUUUCUCAGGAAUUUGAACACGUUUUUGGCCAAUGAUAGUCGCAUCGACCUGGCUCAUCUUUCAAUUGGAGAUGGCCUCUCUCUUUGCAGGCGCCUUCACUGAUUCUCUUUUUUAUUUCCCUAAAUAAAUCAAUCUAUGAGAAGAUGGAUUAAUGUUAUCGAGUACGCAAUUUAUUUCAUAUUGGGGUUUUAAAGAUUUUUAA